AUGAAAACAUCUCCACCAUCACAACAUUCAGAAAGCAUACAUUCGCUUGCUGAUGAGACAAGUCUACACUCUGGCUCGUUCCAUUCAAAUUUGAACGAGCAGAUCAAAUCAGAAGAAUUCCCUUCAGACUUAUCAAUGAAAUUAAUAAAUAGUAGUAACGUGAAUAAGCCCAGUAAUACAUUUGAUUCUUUGGGAUCAAACAGUGAUUUGAGUACUUCAAUGGAUCGUACAAGAUAUUCUUAUAAGGCUCAAAAACAAAAUUAUUUAACAGAAAAAAAACGUAUUACAAAUGAAUUAGUUGCUGUGCUUCGAGAUUCACCGGUUAUUGUUUUGGCUGAUUGGCUAAAAGUACGUGGUACGUUACGCGACUGGACUAAACUGUGGGUGAUACUGAAACCUGGUCUUCUUCUAUUAUACAAACGUCCACAAGAGAAGAAUAGCGUUUGGGUUGGGACAGUUGUGCUUAAUUCUUGUCAAGUUAUCCAACGGCCAUCAAAAAAACAUGGAUUCUGUUUCAAAAUAUUUCAUCCACUCGAAAAAUCAAUUUGGUCUGCUAGGGGUCCCAAUGGAGAAGCUGUUGGAGCUCUAACAUUUCCUUUACCAAUGACACAUCUUAUAUUUCGCGCUUCAGAUGAGAAUACAGAUUUGGAUGAAGGUGAUCGAAUGAGUGAUGUUAGCGCAGAAAGUAAAGCAACGGGCAGUACUAGUCAUUCCGAAACCUCGUUGGAAAAAUUAGAUGAAUGCGAAACUAAACAUGAAGAAACAUAUUACAUCGCUGCUCCUCCAGAGGAAAUGGGAGAGGUUCGUCCUGGAAUGGAUUUAUCUAAAGUUGUUCUUCCUACAUUCAUUUUGGAGCCACGAUCGUUUCUUGAAAAAUUGUCCGAUUAUUAUCAUCAUGCUGAUCUUCUUGAAGAAGCAAUCCACAGUUCUGACCCCUAUACACGCAUGAAGACAGUUGUAAAAUUUUAUUUAUCUGGAUUUUAUAAGAAACCAAAAGGUUUAAAAAAACCUUAUAACCCAGUGAUAGGUGAACUAUACAGAUGUUAUUGGUAUCAUUCAAAAUCAGAUAGUAAAACAUUUUAUAUAUCCGAGCAGGCUCUCUAUUCAGUUUGGUUUGUUGAAUGUAUUAAUAAUAAGCAACAAUGUGGUCAAAUGAAAUCUUUUUUCGAUUCAAAAAUUGUUGGUGGUAAUCGUGCUUCCCGUUAUGCUUGGCCAUGGCAAGCUGUUAUCAAUGUACAGGGACAAUUUACAUGCGGAGGAACGCUUAUUGAUGUUCGACAUGUGGUUACAGCAGCUCACUGUAUUUCUGGUGUCUCAUCCGUGCCUAGCGAUUACACAGUGAGAGUUGGUGCACAUAACAUAGAUUCUAAUUCGAAUGACUAUACUGGCAUUGCUUAUCAGGUGGUACGUUUGUUUGUCAAUGAACGUUUUCGAGAUGUCGAAUAUGGAUAUGAUAUUGCCAUAUUGAGAUUACAAUAUGCUGUUCCACUGAGUGAUUUUGUAAAUAUUAUUUGUUUACCGACGCCUUCAUAUCCAACACCAGAUUAUACAAGUGUUAUUAUAACCGGUUUUGGUGUCACAAGUGAAAAUGGAGUUUUACCAAAUACUCUUCAACAAGCGAACAUUCAAGUUCUUCCAGACUGUGUAGACGCCUACGACAAUUUCAAUAACGAUAGACAAAUUUGUGCGGGACUAAGUGCAGGUGGUCGAGACACAUGUCAAGGAGAUAGUGGUGGACCACUUCAGCUAAUAGACAAAUAUGGUCGAUGGACACUGGUUGGAAUUACUUCUUAUGGAGAAGGUUGCGCUAGAAUCGAUUAUCCAGGCAACUCAGUAUCUGCCAUUCUUGAUGGCUCUGCUCGUCUUACAUUACUUAAUCAAGGAGAAGACUACUCCAUGACAUUACCAUAUGCAAAUUGCAAAGGAAUUCUUAUUGGGAAACUACAAAUGGAACUGGGUGGCCGUGUUCAGAUUAUAUGUGAAAAAACACGUUACUCAGCUGAAAUUGAUUUCAGAUUAAAGCCUUUUAUUGGUGGUAAUGAGUUAACAAAUCAAGUAGAGGGAAAAAUAAAACUGGGUAAGGAAACACUAGCAACAAUCAUCGGGCACUGGGAUGAUCAAAUUGAUAUUAUUGAUAAAGCAACGAGCACACGUUCCGUUCUUUGGAAAGUGAAUCCAUCCGUAGUAAAAAGUCGUUUGAAACGUUUUGUUGUACCUAUCGAACAACAAAAUGAUAAUGAAUCAGAAAAACAAAAUGAUCAAAAUUUAGCUACUGAAGAGAAAACAAUUGUUGAAGAACAACAACGAAAACAGUUGAAAGAAUUAAAAACAACGGGUAACGAAUGGAAACCUCAGAUGUUCAUACUAGAUCCUGUAUCAAAAGAAUGGAUAUAUUUACAUGCAGAUUUAAGACCGUGGGAUUCUUAUAAUGACAUUGUUCAAUAUGAAAGUAAUUUUAUAAUUUCCACAAAACAACGACAUCAUGCACCAUUGUAUACAUCAGGUGCGAGUCGCAGUGGUUCAAUGGCGGAUGCUACAGCAACAGCAACAUCUAACAUGAUACGAGGUCCUUCACCUUCCCUUGUACGAAAACGUUCAGAUAGUGUUAGACAUGAUAAAAAUGAUAAUGACUUGGUUGUCAAUAAUAGAAGGAUAUCAAAUCAUCUACGCAGGGGUUCACAUGACGACAAUAGUGAUAAUUCAUAUGGAAAAUAUUUUGAUAAUGAAUUAGAGAAAAUUAAUCGACGUGUAACUCGAAAUGAAGAUACCAUACAUGAUUUAAAAUUACGCUUAGACAAUCAGUUUGGUACUAAUCAUCAAUUGAUUAACAGUUUACUUUCACCUCAUUCAAUUAAUUAUAAAUACUAG